AUGACCUCUUCAUCCACCAGUACGUCACUAUCGUUGAUUAACGAUGACAACAAUAACGUGGAGGUCAUGAAUCUAUCAACAAAGGAUAAUCCUUCCAAUCGUAUUGACGACGUCACGACGGAUACCUCCGCCGAGCCAGAGGACAAAUUGAAAGAUUCCUUCUUGUAUAAGAUUAUGACUGAUCCAAACUUUAUAAAGAAUAUACAAAGGAACAAACAGCCAAAGAAAUUUGUUUGCAUCUUUUGUAAGGAGGAAUUCGUGACGUGUGAAGAAUUGACAAAUCAUAUGGAUGCGAAGAAGAACGAAAGCAAUCAGAUCGUCUGCUGCGCCUGCAAAAAAACAUUCGCUGAGAAGAGAUACUUGAAGUACCAUCAGAGAUGUCACUCCGACAGGACUAAGUUCACCUGUGACAUUUGUACCAAGAAGUACACGAGGCUGGACAACUUGACGAGGCACAACGUUCUCCACGUGAACCCCGACAAGUUCUCCUGCACGAUGUGCAACAAGACGUUCACGCGUAAGGAUCUACUCAACAAGCACCGCAAGAGUCAUGAGAAGUGUAAUCUUUACUGUGUGAAAUGCGGCAAGUAUUUCAGAAGUAUUCUCACUUUAGAAAAUCAUCAAAAAAUUCAUCGCGAGGUGUCGAACGUUUCGAAUAUAGUUGUUUACAAGUCUGAGAGUUCAGGUUCUCCUGAGAAUCUAAUCUGCAAAACUGAGAAUUUGGUUUCUGCUGAGAAUAAAGUUUAUGAAGCUCAUGAUUCAACUUUAGGUGAGAGUUUAGUUUGCAAAACCGAUGAUGUAACUCAUAGAACUUAG